AUGGUUAAGCGCCCGGUUGGCGGCGUCUACUUCUAUGCCUCCGGCGUCCGGAAUCAACCCCUGCUGGGGAGUAGUCACCGAGACAGCCAAGGUCAACGAGCUCGGCAAAGUCUGACAACAAGAUUUGCGCAAUCUGGAAGCUCUCGGGAAGCUCGUUUCUUGACAGACCAUGGCACGCGCCUCGCGCACCAUCGUCCGUAUCACAGCCACCUCCGCCCGAUGCGUCUCAGAGUGGUCAACAAUCGAGCAGGCACCUGCAAAAGCGCCUUUCUCUACAUCCAUCACAAGGCGUAUACAAUGAUAAACGGCGGAGGCGCCCUAUACCGCUACCUCCUCAAACUGGCCCAGGAGGCCGAGACGACCUUGGAAGCUCUCAAGCGGGUUACCGGGGCUAUCUUCCUUGAAACCCUCACCUACUUCGUUCUCUUCCAGGAUUUCGGACUCGAUAUUCUUCAUAGACAUGGGCUUCAAUACAGGGAGGCACAAAACGGUCUCGACUGA